GUAUUCAAAGAGCAUAAAACCACUACGUUAUAUUCAUAUCGUAUAAGUUUACCAUUAGUGUAAUGCGUAUUUCUUCGAAAAUGAUUGUUGUCUGUUUAUGUAAUUACUUUUUAAUUGUAAAGAAAAAAAUCUAUUACUUGUGAAAUCGUAAUACUAGUACCAAGAUAUAAAAAUAUGUUUUGCAGCAAUUUAUUAAACAAUAUAUAAUGUAGAACUAUGCCAUUCCUCAACUCGUAUUUUUACAAUUACUACUAACUACGUACAUACUUCACACUAUUGCUGAGUGGCGGCUUCAGGCUAACUAAUAGUCUAAUACUAACAAACCACUGUCUUCAUACGACUGAAAUCUAUUCGUAUUACUAGCAUCAUUUUUAAGUUCGACGGCUCUAUAUAUUUUUAUUUAACAUAACGAUAAUAGGUUCCACAAUCAAGCAUACAUUUGUUUGGUUCAGUUCUGGACAUCCGCGAGUCGUAAAUGCAACGAAAACCUUGUUACACUUUAUUAAAAUUACUUCUAUUCUUAAACGUAGCUAAUAAAAUAAUGUCAGUGCCUAAUAUUCCUGUAGAAGACACGAAUGUUUUGCUAAAUUCCAACCUAGACCAAUGCAGUAUUUCGGGUACAGAUGAAAAGUACUUAUUUGAUUUUACAAAAACAGACGAUGUCGAUGGUUGGCAGGAACAAUCUGAUACUGUUCGCAGUGUUGGAAUGUCGAAAGCAGUAUUCGUGAUACUUAAGAAUUCUGAAUUUAGAAGAGCGAUAUUUUUUGCCUUACUUAAUCCUCAGCCAAACGGCGCAGGAUUUGCUGGUAUACGAGCUCUUGGCUCAUAUGACCUAUCCGGACUUACAAAAUUAAGCCUCCUUUGUAGAGGACAAGGUCAAUUCAGUGGAUUUAAAGUAGUUUUGAGACAUAAAGGACUGAAUAAUGAGCCCAAUUUUUCGUUCGAACAAUAUUUUCAGGCUCCCAAAGACGAAUUUGCUGUACGUACGUUACCAUUCUCGGAAUUCAAAGCUUAUUACAGAGGGAAACGUGUUAAUAACAACGAGACCUUGGAUUUAUCACAAGUGACCAGUAUUGGUAUUCAGAUGUACGGUGGAGUUUAUCAAACGGUCAAACAAAAAGGACCAGCAACUUUAGAAAUCGAUUGGAUAAAAGCUGAAUAAACUUAUACAUUUGAAAAUAAUAAUAGAUAAAGAACUCGUUAUUUAGUGUUGCAAAAUAAUUAAUGUAAUAAUAAAACUAUAUAGUUCAAAAGCUGAUUGUUUGUUUUAGCAAAAUAAAAAUUUAACGCUGCAUGCAUUUAA